AUGUACUUUGACUCGCACACGCUGGAGGCGAAGCCCAAGGAACAGGAACUGGCAUCGAAUAUUGGCUAUAUUUCGAGGCCCAAGCCCAGGGACGAAGAAGACGAUUUUGAGCGAUUCAACCGCAAGAGAUCGUCCGCCGGGCUCACUACAGUGAGCGAGGCCCAAUUUGAGGACAUGAUGGACCAGCUGAGUAUAUCUGGGUCGGAAAGUGACUCUGAGGACGAGGAGUCUUCUGUCAGCUACCUCAACACACAGUCGCCGUUUGUCCUAUUUCAGAGCUCGUUGCUCGAUGCCGGACUUUGUUUUGGUGCCUAUAAGACAGUGCUGAAUGCACAGAACGAAGAGCCAUUAGAGAACCUAAAAAAACUUGCAACAUUGGGCUCCGGCAAGAGCGCCCUAUUCAUGCUGGGAGGAGGCCAUUUCGCAGGAGCCAUUAUCUCUCACGAAAGAAUCAACACCAAAGGAAACAGUGGGUCGGCAGAGGAACUGAGAAUGCAAAGCGUGCGGGUUUUACACCACAAGACGUUCCAUAGAUACACAACGAGACGGAAACAAGGAGGAGCACAGAACGCUAGUGACAAUGCUAAGGGAAAGGCCAAAAGUGCCGGUUCAACGCUGAGAAGAUACAACGAACAGGCAUUGCAGCAGGAUGUUCGUAAUUUGUUGGCCGAGUGGAAGAAGGAGCUGGAUGGAUGCGAGUAUAUAUUCAUCAAGGCGAGCGGAUCGGCGUCGCACAAAAUCAUCGUUGGGUAUCCAAACUCUCCGAUUCAAAAUGACGAUCCGCGACCGGAUCCAGAAGCAGUCGACGACGGCCAAACAGGAGUCACCGGAAAUAGAGGUUUCCAGGGAGCUGGUCAGUCUGCUCAAGCGGUCAAAAGCUCCGGCUCUAAUUUCGUUUGUGAAAAAAAUAAAAUUGACGUGAACAUGGAAUUGCAACCAGAGACAGAAUACGCCAACACACCGACCAUGUUGCAUUUCGCGGCUGCCAGCAAGCUCAGCCACAUGUGUCAGGUCCUACUGGUGAACCUGAAAGCCGACCCAGCAAUCAAGAACCGCCACGGCCGCACAGCUUACGAACUUGCUUCGCAGCAUGCUAGAUACUCUUUCCAGGUGGCUAGAAAUAUUUUGGGAGAGGACUACUGCGACUGGGAAGCGGCGAGAGUGAAGGAGCCAAUGACGAAGGAGGAAGUGGAAAGAAUUCUUAGUGAAGAAAAAAGACAGAGUGACGAAGAGUCCAAAAGGCUUAUAGACGAGCAGCUUGAGAAGGCCAAGCAGGAAGCAGAGGAGGAGCAUAGCAGGCAAUUUGGCCGUGGAAGGCCGCUCGGGAUCACUGAGCAGCAGAACCUUAACUCGCUAACGCCCGAACAGAGAAUGCGCGUGCUGCGCGAACAGCGCGCUCGUGCUGCAGAGGCACGUCUAGGCAAGCUGGGUAAAUAG